GUCGUCCCGAUGUCAGUCACCAUCGCUCCCCGCGCCGCGACGCGCGUCUCAUCCCGUGCGUCGAUGAACGCGCCCCACCCGGCGAGCGUCCGCCUCCUCCGUCGUCGUCGUCGCCCCGUCCGCACCUUCCGCGCGUCGUCCGGAGACGACGAGGACGCAUCGUCGGUGAACGACGCAUCAUCCUUCGUGGAGUUCAAGGAGUCCUCCGUGCCGGGCGGGUCCAAACCGACCGGCGAUAAGAAGCCGCUACCGGGGUCGGGGGUCAACCUGUACGACCCCGCCGCGACCGCGUCGCGAUGGCUCACCCGACGCUUCGGCAUCGUCGGCGGCCUGGGAUUCGUCGCGCUCCUCGCGUCGGUGGAAGGGGGCGAGAUCCUCCGCGCGGUGCUCGAGAACCUACGCGAGGGCGAGGGCACGAACGAGGAGUUUCCGCUCGGUCCGCCGGAACUCGGCCUCGUCGCAUCCGACUCCAGGGUGGGCGGGGGCGCGACGCCCAAACGAGGAGACUUCACCGGCGUCAACGUCGUCAUCGCCAACGCCGACACCGGGGACGUGUACGUGGAUACCAAAAAAACCAAACGACCAAUCGCGUUCACGUUCGAAAGAAAGCCGCUCAUCGCGCCGGUGUGUCCCGCGCUGGAAGAGGGCGUGCGGACCAUGAAACGCGGCGGGGUUCGGAAGGUGCUGGCGCCGCCCGAGGCGGGCUUUGGCGAGAGGGGAGUGGUGUUGAGCGACGGGACCCGCGUGCCGCCAAACGCUCGAUUAGCGCUGACGAUCACGCUGGAAGAGGUGAGCAGCUCGUACCUGUGAGCGGUCUCUGGGGAGCGGGUGGUUACGUAUACGACGUUUCGACGAUGGACGAAUAGACGCGUCUGGAGAGAUGAGAGUCGACGCGUAUGUAGAGAUAGAGAGAGAUUGAUGUGAGAGGUAGACG